AUGGACUUGUGUCUCCCAGCAGUGAAUUCCUCACAAGGCAUUACUGCCAACCCCGACAUCUCCGGCAUUGGGGUUAGAACCGCAGUCUACACUCAAGCAGCCCUCAGCCUAAUCCACCCCCUCGCGGCCGGUUUUGACGGACAGAUCAAGGAUUACGAAUUGAAGAGUCUGUUCGCCGUUUAUCUAGGCAUCCUUCUUCCAGGUUGCGCCCUUCUCCUUUCCUCCAUUAUCCAAGCCAAGACCUUUGGGUUAUCGGUUUACCAUGGGAUCAUCGUCCUCAACCUGAGUUGGAUUAACAACGCGAGCGCACUCACUUUUUUUACCUUUCUCCUCGGAGGCGGGAUAAUUUCCAGGAAGCAGGAAGAGGAAUGGUGGUCGAAGAGGAAAGAGUGGAGAGGCGAGGUGCUGGCAUGGUGGUAUCGGGAAUGGCAAUUAGACUCGGAGAAAACCCUGGUGAUGCAGCUGAACACUCUGGCCAAGGUGGAGACGAUACUCGAGAAGCUAAAUCAAGAAGUCACGGAGUGUAGGUGGACGUAUCACCAGAGACGAUUGAAGCUCGAGAUUAUGGAAGCAAGCUUAUGGCGCGUCGAGACCCAGAUCGCCAUCAUGGGAACACCUCAAAACGCAGGCCACAACGAAGAGCGCGUGUACAUCCUUGGGAAUGUUCAAAAGAACAUGAAGAAGCACCAAAACGAACUCCUAUCGAUGUGGAAUCGGGAAGAGAUGUUGUCAGAGUUGAUAUCCUCCUGGGAUCGGUCCUACUCCAGCCGAGUUAGACGCUGGCUCUCUCAGUCGGCGCCUAUUCCAAAAUCCGUUUGGAUCAUGGCAACCCUGGCCUCGGGGCAUCUAACCCUGCUUUCCGGCUUCGGGUGGUGGCUCUGGAAUGCCUUUCCUGACUUUGGGAUCGACCGAGAUUGCAUCCCCAGCACCCGGUUCAUCUUUUUCUUCAAAUCAAUUCCGGUCACAUCAAGCACCCUUCGCUCGAGGACCAUUUCCAUUUAUAAAUUCAGCUCCUUGCCCGCCCUCAACAUCCUCGUAUGGAUUAUUGUCUUCGUCAUCAUCUCGUAUUUGAUGGGUGUUUUCUGGAAGUAUCUCGCGAAGGCUAGCAGUGCGACGAAGAAAUGGAUGCGCAACAAGGAAUCCGUCGUAGCUCACCCGAACCCCGGCCACGACAAAGAUGAUAUUGAACUCGGGACACUUCCCUUUCAUCCUCCCAAUCACUCCUCCUCGACGGUCUCCCACGACACACCUCCGAACGCUGAUCCUACCCCUGCACCGCAGAUUCGACGUGUCUUCGGGCUUAAUGGACGAGCGUUUUUCUUCGCCGCCGUCACCACGACUUGCAUAUUUCAGGCUCUAAUCAUCGCGUUCACAGAGCUCACUAUCAGAGAUAAUCGCCAUUUGCUGAAGAACAGCGUCCAGGAUCCAAGAGAAGGUGACUGGACAUUCGGACAAACUCUGGCCAUCACUUUGACGAUCAUUCCUUCGCUCCAAGUCGGGGAAUUCCUCUACCAAAAGUAUCGGCGCAGAAAGGCGGCAGGGAAAACUUUUUUUUGGAAUAUCUGA